CUGAAGAAUGAGUCAUGUCAGUGAAAUACAAAUGCUGUUUAGCUCCUUGUUUAGUGGACUGUCAAGGUUUAUGAGCAGCAGGUCAUUUAAAGUUGACUAUAACAGUUUUCUUUCAAGAAACAGAAAAAGUAAUUUAUGGGACUGGAUAAUAAUAACAUACAAUAAUAAUAAUAUCUUUAUUUAAAGAGCAUUUUGUCAAAUCCAGAUUGAUUUAUUUCAGGGUUAUCCAAAACAUUUUAACAAAACAAAACAUUCAUGAACGAAAAAGGUGCAUAAAGAAGAAAAAUCUUAUAUUACCUGCCCCCUUUCAUAAUAUAACACAACAUAAAUACAGAUAGCCAUUCCUUUUUUGAUUUCCCUUUCACAAAUCAACUUCAUUAAUCAAUACCAUCAUCCUAACAAAUACUACUUGAUAAAUUCAUAUCCCUAACGAUCAUAAUAAUGGUAAUACAACUUUUCAUUAUUAUUUUUACUAUUUUUGUUGAUCAUUCUGAAAUAUAUUAUUAUAAUCCUGUUUUGAGUGCUAUAGACUUUAAGCAAAGAUGUCUUUGGUUGUAUUAAAUUGAUCAAUUCACAUAUAUAUGAUCCUAGAUUAUAAUUUGCCUUCAGACAGACACAGUGUGUAUAAAUUGAGAUGUGACCUCUGUAUUACUUUCUAUGCAGACACUCCUGUUUAAAUGUUUUAAUGUCCAACUGGUGUAUAAACUGAGGUGUAGAAAUGAUGACUGCAGUACCACGGACGGACAGUGUGAGGCGCUGGUGUCGCGCUGCUUCCCAGUGGCCACACAGUUGAGGGGCUCGUGCCGUUGCUACGGGCGACAGACAACAGACAUCAAACAACAGCAGCAGCAGCAGCAGCAGCAGAUCUUCCUGUGAAUCCUCUGCCUGUUAUUGGUUCUGUUAUUGGUUCUGUUGUAGCAGAAGACGCGGCGCAUCAUGAACUCCGUUUUAUCGGACGUGAGCUGGGACGAGCGCUUCGCUUUCCCUGAAGUUAACGCUGAGAACCAGGCUGUGACAGCGGAGAUUCGGAAAAAAGAAGCAAAGCUGGUGCAACUGGAAAACAAACUUGAGAGCAACAAGGAUCAAAAGCAGUUAAUGACCGAGUUCCUCAAAAAUGGUCAACAAGAGCUGGAGAACACUGUGGCUUUAUGUAAGGCCAAGGAAAGAGAAGAAGCGUUGGAGAAACACCUCACAGCCCUCGCAGAGAGGGAGACAGGUCGCCUGGAGCAGGAUACGACAAAGAUGGAGAAUGAGCGUCGAUCUUUAGCAGAGAGGAGAAACAUGCUGGAGAAUCACAUCUUCAAGACCAAACAGAAGCUGGAGGAGUUUAGGAACCAGAUGAACUGGGACCAGCAGACCAUGGAUGCCUUUUUGGAGGAGUCAGCACGUCACGAUGAGGACGCAAUGGCCAUCAUGAAGUACGCCCAGCAAGAUGAGCAGAAGAUCAAGUCACUCACUCUGGCUAUAGAGAAGAAGACACUGGAAGCCAGUGAAAAGCGAAAAGCAGUUGACAAGGAGUUGACUGAGACUAUAUCUGCACAGCUUGCUUUGGAUAAGAUGACAGAUAAUUUGCAGCAGACUCACCUGGAGACACAGCAGCUGAUCCACCAGUGGGAAAACACCGUCAAGCAGAUGAAUCAACGUGAUGCUGAGAUGCAGCAGUGUGCACUGCAACUUGCCGAAGCUAACCAGACUAUCAGGGAAAGGAAUGCCACCAGUAAAGAGAGGAAGCACUUGCUGGAUGAUCAGAGGAACAACAACAAGGAAACUGAGAGGAAGAUGUCUGGAGCCCAGCGGCAGGCUGUGAAGCUGCGGCAGGAUUUGAAGGAGCAGGAGAAUAACUGCAGUACACUGCAGGAUGAGCUGGAUAGUUGCAAGGGCGCACGAGACAAAGCAACGUCCAGUGUGAAGUCUGUGACAACCAACAUAUCCAGAAUGAAGAAAGACAUCCAGGAUAAUGACGAGAAACUCAAGGAGGCCAGGGCGUAUAACACUGCGCUGGAGGAGAAGCUUAAAGAAGUUACUCAGACUGCCCUGAGUGAGGAGGAGAGAGCUGCUCAGAUGGACCAGUUUGUCAGGGAUGAGGACGAGGACAUCAAGGAGCUGGAUGUGCAGCUGCGUGACUGCAGACAUGAGCUGUUCCGUCGUAAAGAGCAUUUGCAGGCUCUAAAGACAAAGGGGAAGGAUUCUGUCGCCUAUGUUUCCAGGAGCAAAUCCACCAUCACCGGCCUGGACAGCCAGCUGAGAAAACAGGAGAAAGACUUAUUAAGACAGCAGAUGAUCAUUAAUGAGCAGGACUCCAAGGUCAUCAACCUGGAUAGAAAACUGGCACGGCUGCAAGGAGACGUUCAGCUAGAUGAAAAACAAGCGCUAGACAUGAAUAUCGCUGAGCUGACCAAAGCCCUGGAAGAGAAGAAGAAGUCAGCCAACAUGCUAACCAACAUUCUCAAGGAGUCUGAGGAAGAUAUCCGCUUAUUGAAGAAAGAAAUGGGAAAGUCCGAAGCUCAAAAGAGAGAUGUGACCGAGAAGGUAGAGGAGCUCAUGCUGCUCCGUAUUACCAGUGAGAAGGAGCUGAAGACACUCCGGCUCAGGAAACAGGACGACUUGGUGGAGCUUAACAUCUUGAAGGUAGAGGUCAAGCGCAUUAGAGAUCUGCUGUACAACAAGACGGACACUGUGCUGUCGUUGGAGAGGAGGAAGCUGGGUCUGCAGAAAGCCUUAAAGGAGAGGGAGGCUGAGAUCAAGGUCUACAGAGAGAUGCUCGGCCAGAAGCUCAAGAUCAGUGAGCAGGAGAGACAGAGACUGAGUGCUGAGCUGAAUGAGAAACUGUCCAAGAUUGUCAUGAUAAAGAGCCGUUUUGAAGUUGUGACCCUCUCGAUGGCAGCUCCUGAGGGGGAAGAGGAGAAGUCACAGGCCUACUAUAUCACAAAGGCUGCACAAGAGAAAGAGGAGCUCAAGCAAAAGGGAGACGCUCUAGAUGCUAAAAUACACAAAAUGGAGCUGGAGAACAGCGCUCUGGAGAACACCAUCCAGCUGUUCAACAACAGUAACUCAAUGUUUCGCAAAUCUCUCAACAAAGUCAAUGAAUCAAGUCCAGAAUACCAGGAAAAACUGAAGUUAGAGGAAGAGUUAAGUGCAGCUGAGGAUACAUUCAAGUUCAAGAAGAGACACGUCCAGGAGCUGCAACAGGACUUACAGGACAUGAACAAUACCUUUGAGAGUCUGCUGCAAGAAGAGCAGGUUGAGAAAGAUAAGAUAGAGUACAGACAAUCACUCAUCAGCAAACUGAUCAAAGAAAUCACCUCCCAGCAAGAGAAGAUUGACAGGGCAACCAAACAGUGCUCCAAGCUGACAAAAGAGAUCCGUGCAGCGAAUAACACCAAGUCUGAGACUUUAGAGGAAAAAGACAUUAAACUGAGGGAACUAGAAGAAUUCAACAAGAGCAUCGGUAAGAUGCUAAAUGAGGCCGUGGAGGACAAGCCUGAUCUCAGACCAGUGCUGGAGAAAUACUUCCUGCAGGCCAAUCUGUCUUUUCCAGCUCCUUCCUCCACGCCCACCAGCCAUCGCAGCUCCAAGACAAACUCCGCCCGCAGCUCUGCAUCCCUCAGGUCUCCUGCAUCUUCAGCCAGCAGCAGCCCCAGGGCCUCUGCACUGCAUUCUACCGUGUUGAAGACUGUGGACCUGGGCUUAGACAUGACUGUGACCUCCCCUCCUCCCACCACCUCCAGACGUUCCAGCUCUGCAAGUAGCAGCACCAGCAGCAGGAAGUUGAAGAACUCCUAGUUGCAUAGAAUAACUGUGUCACAUCACUCAAUGGACACAGACUGGGAAAUAUUUUUUUUUACUUUUUUAGUUGAAGCAGUAAGGAGGAAAUUAAAUAGACAGAAUGGCCCUUUACACCUGAACAGGAAAAGAAGGCAGGGAAACGGAGAUGAUAAGUUGGACACACCUGUGAGCCAAAAGGAGAGCAAUCAAACAAAGGCAGCAUUGAAGAGAACCGAGGAAGGAUAUCAUUGUACAGAUAAACCAGUUUCUGGAAAUAUGUGCUAAAAGAGGAAGAAAAGUGUCUGUCUAGCCUGCUCUGAUUAGGCUGUGGUCUUCUCUGUCCCGGUUGAACCACAAAAACUAAAUCUGUCUCCGUUGUGAAACUCUCCUGGCUUCCCCGAUUCCCUUUGCCCAACACACACAUUAUCAUUGUUUUCCACUCUCAUUGGACAUUAACUCUCCUCUCCAGCACACACACACACACACACACACACACACACACACACACACACACACACACACACACACACACACACACACACACACACACACACACACACACACAUCCAUCUCCAAUAAUCAGACUAUGAAGAACUGAACUGAAUACAACAUACAAACCGUUUUUCCUGAACACACUCCGCACACACCCUAUAAUCUCAUACAUCAUCUGAACUCAAAAAACACUAAUUAUCUCAUUAUUUCAUUUGUUUAAUCAAUGGACAUUUAAUAUUAUGAUUUGGAAGUGAAUUCUAUUGAUUAAUUGAUAUUUCGGUGUGAGUCUUUGAUGUUUGUUUAUCAGUCAUACUUCUUUGAUUUGAUUGUUAUUUGGAUUUGAAUAAUUAAUGGAACACUAAUUGAUUAACUGAAUUGAUUGUUUCUGAUUUCCUUUCCUCUGAUGCCUUUUGUAGCUAUGACAACAAGCUAUCUGGGCUUAGCUCUCUGACUGGGAUAUAUUCUAAUUAAUUGACAGGUUAAGAAGCCCUGUCUGGCACCCAAGCCCUUUUUCCUUAAGUAAAGCUGUUUUCAGAAAUGACCUGCGGGUAAAUUACGGAGAAUUUGCUACAGAGUUCACCCCCAGUUUGCUUUUCACACAUACGCAACGUAGCAAGAGAUUCACUGCACAGACGCAUUCACAAUAGCAACAAAAGCCUUUUUCUUGGCUGUUACUCAUGACAUCCUCUCGCUCACUUGUGUGUUUAAGAAUGACCCAAAGAAAGUUGUUUUGCUCUCGGCUUCUCUCAGCUGCUGAGGCUGCUGAGCUCUGUAUUCUCCAUUUGAAAGUACUACAUAAUAAUAAGAAUAAAACUUCCAGAAGACAGUAUUUGUAUUUGGCCUUAUUGUUACAGAUUAUCACCACAACUUAUAUUUCAAUCAGGAGAGACAUUUUAUAAUGAUCAUAAAUAUAUUGUGAACAGAGGAAUAGACUUUGGCACAUAGACCCCAGCAGGAAGUGGAACACAAUGGAAGCAAUCAAGACUUCCCCAGGUACCUGGGCAGUGGUGGUGACGAGGGAUGGAGCGUGAAGUUUGGACGUCUGAUGAAGGGCUUCUGGUUGGAGGGUUUAAUGGGAGAUGAUGUAUCCAGAGGUGAGGUGCAGGGUUAGAGUCGCGUCUGACAGCUGAAUGACAGGAGGGAGAGAGAAGACUUCUGAACUUUGAAAGUUUAUAGGUGAUUUACUUUUGGCUGUGUAUCGUUUACCAUACAAUAUUUACAGACUCACUAAAUCAGUAUGUGUAAAAGUCAACAAAAUACAAUGUGAUACUGCAAACAACAGUAGUGUGUUUUGUGUAUAAGAAUAGAAAGUGAUGUAUGUGCAUUGUUUGCCGAUGUGAAGCUCGAUGUACAUUUAGGAGAACAACAGGUUUGUGAUAUAUACAUGACACUGUCAGCUAUUCAGGGUAAUAAUCUGUUCUGAGGUGGUUUCGGUGUACGGUGCCUGCCAGAGGACAGGAGGUGUAAAAGGACGUGUCGAGGGUGAGAGGGAUACUUUGAGAUUUUCUCUGCCAGCUUCCUGGUUACUGUGUCCUUCAAGCCCUGAAGGGAAGGCAGGGGAAAUCCCAAUGAUUUUUUUUAUAAUAAUAUCAUAUAGCACUUCUCAAAGCAAAGUUACAAACUGCUUUACAAAUAAAAACACAAAAGUAACAUGAAAACAUAAAAACAAGUAAUGAAGUAAAACACUAAAUAUGUGACAUAAAUGUAAGCCUGUAAAGUAUGUUUAAAGCUGUGAUUUAAAGGAAGCUUCUGACUCAGCUGGCUGUAUUUCCUCAGGCAGCGUGUUCCAGAGCCUCAGAGCUCUUAUUUCAAAAGCUCUGUCUCCCUUAGUCUUUUGCCAGGAGUCUGGAACAGUAAGAGGGCCAGUGCCAGAGGAUGUCGAGCAGGUUGUGUGGAGAUAACAGAUCCGCGAUAUGAGGAGUCCGACCAGGUGUCAUUUCCUCCAGGACAAAAGCAACCAGAGGUCCUUUGAAGGCAGAAACGACACUUUCCCACGACAGACUUCACUCUGAAAAAAUUCAAUAAAUAGGUAAAGCUUCGACAUGCUGCUGCUGAUCGUACUCACUGCAGGUUUGGCCUCAGGGGCCGCCCAGACAUUUUCCCCAGCGUCUUCUUCCUCCUUUACUAUGGGGACAUCCACCGCAGAGACUCCUCACUCUGCUUUCACAAACAACACUGUGGCAAUCCUUCAGGCAACCGUUCAGGCCAAUCGUGAGUUAAAUGAAACGACACUGGCUCCAGUCUUAACCAAGCUUUACGACAUCAUCCAGCAGGGUCAACCACAUAUGAACUUCACUCUGACUGUAAAGAACAUCACUGAAGUCUGAGAGGGACUCAUCUCAAAAGUUUCUGUGUGUUUCUGAGAGUUAGUUCACAUGUUUCACAAGAUAAUAAAAAAAAAAUAUAUAUAAUGUGAAUACGGAUGAUCCUCUGCUAUUUACAAUGUAUGUGUCAAAUUCUGAUUUUGGAGAUAUUCCCUGAGAAUGUUACGUGUGUAUUUCUUUCACUUGUUAAAGCAACACCAUGCAACCUUUUUACCUUAAAAUAGCAGCUACAUAAUUAGCUCACUGUGAUGGCUCACUGACUUGGAAUAGGGAGAAUUUUGCAGAUUUCAUUCCUCUUCCUGAACGCCUUUUCUUUCUCUGUGUCUUUGAUGAGUAAUCUCCUGCGAGAAGUGUGUAAUUGACUGAUAGUCGCAGCUUUAACUGCCAGAAUCAGGCCCAUUUAAAAACCUGCAUUAAUCUCUGAUAACCAGCAAGGAAACCUUUAAAAUAUCAAGAAUUGUGAACAGAGUUUGGUGUAUUUGUCACAGCAGCAGCUCUUCUGGUUCAGGAUCAUGAGGAAUAUGUGUUCAGGACUGUUUCGGUUCAUAGAGAUGGACAAUGAUGUUAGAGCUCUGGCUUUGUUUUUUUCUUGACAUAAAAAACAUUUACUCAUUUUGACAUAGAGCCCAUGAGAGAUAAUCACCAUGUGUGGCUGCAGUGGCCGUUGCUCACUAAAAGCCUUCAAAAGAGCCUCCAAUGAUUAUUAUUGACAUAUAUUUAUUGGACACAAGCCACUGUGCUACCGAGCAGUCAUUCUUUAAAAUUUCAUAUUGAACAUAAGUUUCAGAUGCACUAUGGAACACAGAUGAUCUUCAUUGUAAUGAGUACGUUUUUAAUUGUGGAAGGUGAUCUCUCUCUCACACACACACCUGACACUACUGUGAUGCUUCUCCCAUCUGAAAUGUACUCUUCCUGCCAUCGCUGUCGUUUAAUUUUUUUGGUCUUUUUGAUUAACAUGAAUCAAAACAAUUCAUAAUUUUUUCUUCGAUAAAGGUCUUGCAUUAUUUGGAUGGUGUGACUCUUGUUUCAACAAACGACUUCUCAUUGUAGUGAGUCACAGAUCCUGAUCAUCGCCACAGGUGCUACCCAGUUUAUGACCUAAUUGUCAUGGCAGAAGUCCUCAGAUCUUUUGAUCAGUAAAUAUUUGUUAUUUUGCCUAAGCACAACAGUAUUACCAUCACAACACUAACACAAAACUAAAAUUAGAUGUACACAUUGUACAGAAUUGUCCAUUCAGGAAUAAUGUAUAAACGUAUAUUGUUGUUAAUGAUGGUUAUGCAGAUUUUUCACUAUUGGCAGUGGCAAUGGUGUUUAACCAAACUGAUACCAAAACAUAAAGCAGCAUCACCUAAGAUUGAUACUUGAACUGUGUUAGUUUAUUACUGUUGUUGAUCCUUGUAUUAAGACCAAUCCGUCAGUUUGAGAGUCAAGGUUCCUAGCCUCGGUUUCCAGUUUUAUUCAUAGAGAUACAUUUCUGUUUGGAUAACUCUUAAUUUUGCAAACAUUGCUCAAUAUUAAUAAAAUUAUUUGAACACA